AUGGUCUCCGAGAAUGAUUGCUACGUCACGCUGACUCUUCCACCUGCAACAGUUUUCAAGACUAAUACUGUGGUCAACAGCAGAAACCCCGAAUGGAACCAAAGUUUCGAUUUCAAGCUCUUUGGUAGUCUGAAGUGUACUCUGCAGAUAAGGCUUUGUGAUGAGGACAUCAGAUUUGAUGAAGUGAUUCAAACCAUUAAGUUUGAUAUCAGCACUUUGGCAGUGGGGAAGAAGGACAUCAAGGAAUUUCCCAUCCAUCCCCAGGGUAAACUUUGGAUUGCCUUUGAGCUUCAGCAAAGUAUCAGAGAAGCUGCCAGUCCCCUCCAAGCGGCAAAUCCAGUGAAGGAAGUGAUUUCUUACUGGAAAUUAAAUGUUACCGUGGUAGCAGCCAAGAUACACACUUCCAAUGAUUACUUGUCUGACUCAGACUGCUACGUCUCUCUUUCUCUUCCUACGGCGGCAGCGAGCGAAUACAAGACGACAACCAUUAACAACAAUUUGAACCCAAAGUGGAAUGAAACGUUCAGCUUCAGGGUCCCCUCCCAUCUGAAAAGUAUUUUGGAGAUCAAGCUGCACGACCAGGACUCAUUUUUAUCCAAUGACCUGAUUUCGACUGUUCUCUUUGACCUCAGCAAUCUCCAAGCAGGGAAGAAGGAAGCCAUGAGUUUCACUUUGAAUCCUGAGACGAAAGACCGCAUUUUAAUGCAGUUUGAAAAAAUCCACAGUGAGGAUCCUCCUUGUGACUAUGUCAGCAAUGGCGUCCUUCUGGCUGCCCCAUUCUCUGUUUUGGACAUCAAGGUUGACAAGCUCCUAAACAAUUAUGAUUUUCUGGGCAAAGCGUUGACGCUAAAGGGAGCACAUCCUGGACAUCAGAGCUUGUUAGCAAAGGAAAUGACCAAGCUCCGUUUCUACAUCAACAGAGACUUGGACACAGAACUUGGAGUGGCAUCGUCUGCUGAUGCUCUUAACACUGUUGAAAGUUCAACUCGACUUCAAGCACUUCCAGCAGAACACGCUGGCAAUGUGUCACUUGUCAUUGAUCAUGAUACAGUGGAAUUAAAUGUUGAGACACAUGAAAGUUUGGACAACCUGGCAGUACGUCUGGAUUUUGACAUCCCGCAGCAAGAGAAAGAGUAUUUGAAGAAGAGGAAGACGAUUGUGGGGCAGAAUAUGCAACAUAUUUUUGGUCUGGACUCUCCACCACCACCAAACAAGGUGCCAACGAUAGCUCUGGUGGGAUCAGGAGGAGGAAGCAGAGCAAUGACAGGACUGCUUGGUUGUUUGAAGAGCUUGAAGAACUUAAAUGUGCUCGAUUCUGUCACUUAUAUCACCGGAGUAUCUGGAUCUACUUGGGCUAUGUCUGCAUUGUAUCAAGAUGCAAACUGGUCACAUGACGGCAUAGACAGUACCAUUGCUGAAAUAAAGAAGGAGAUUACUAAGGAUUUCCUGAGUGUCUUCACGCCAGAGAAAAUGCAAUAUUACAGCCAAGAGAUGGAAGACAAAAUUAAGAAUGGCCAUAACGCGUCACAAACUGACAUGCCGGGCCUCAUAUAUGAACAGAUUGUCUUCGGGAAGAAGAUGACCAGUACUCUCGCAGAGCAGCAGAAGGCAGUAAAUGAAGGACAAAACCCUUUGCCCGUGUACACUGCUGUCAACAUAAAGGACAAGAUAGGCUGUGAAUCUGAAAAUGAGUGGUGUGAGUUCACGCCCUACGAGGUUGGCUUUCAAAAGUACGGGGCGUUUGUGAAAGCUGAAGACUUCGGCAGUCAGUUCUUCCUUGGACAUCUCAUCAAAAAACUCCCAGAAGUCUAUAUCUCUUAUCUGAUCGGAAUAUGGAGCAGCUUCUUUUCUGUCAACAUGACUGAACUAUUGAUGCACAGCACUGACUAUGAACUAAACUGGGAUGCCGGGUUUGAACCAGAUGUCACCGACUUGGAAACUGACAGUGAGGCUUCGACUCUUUGUACACGCCACGUCGAACCAUCCACACUUGUCUCUGGAAUCAUCAGUGAUUUCUUGAGGAACCGCCCAAUUGUCUCGACAGUUUACAACUUCUUGCAUGGUCUCUUCCUGCACUCAAAUUACAAUAAACAUGCCAACUUUAAAGCUUGGAAAGAAACACACCCUGAUGCAUUUCCAAACACACUGACCCCUCAUGACUCCAAUUUACAUCUUAUUGAUAGUGGUCUAUCCAUCAAUGUUGGCUUUGCCCCCAUCCUGCGCCCAGAGAGAGAAGUAGACAUCAUCAUAUGUCUUGAUUGUUCUUGGAACCCGGGGAACAUGUUCAAGGAAGUAAAACGGACAGCUGCUUACUGUGAGGACCAUGACAUCGCCUUCCCCCAUAUUGAUUUUGCAAGCCUGGAAGCAGAACCUCCGAGAGAAGUCUACAUCUUUGAGGAUGAAAAGAACCUAAAGGCACCGCUAGUGAUUCUCUUCCCACUCGUCAAUAUUUCAUUCAAGGAUUUCAAACAGCCAGGUGUGAGGCGUGAGACAGAGGAGGAAAUAAAAGCCGGACAAGUAGACAUCAGCACCGCCAACUCGCCGUUCGCCACCAAACAUAUCGUCUACUCAGAGGAGGACUUUGACUCCUUGUUGAAGCUGGCAGCCUACAAUGUCAGCAACAACAAGACAAGCAUCCUGGAAACUUUGGACAAGGUCUUGAAGGCUAAGAUGGCAUCACAGGGGGCGUGCCUAAGAUGAUAUAGUGUGUGUGCACGCCUGAGCAGACCCAGAGCAGAUCUGUGAGGCAUCGAGGCAAGCUGACCGGCAGUGAAGGAAGAAGGAGACAAAAGGGGACAAGAUGAAUGCGGUC